AAGUACCCGUAAUGUACAUCAAUACAUUCUAACUAAAGACAUGUUGUAAGCCACAAGUUCAGGUAAGGUUUGGUGGUGGGCAUGUGUGUGCGUGUGUGUGUGUGUGUCUGUGUCUGUGUGUGUUUCCUGUUACAAGCACUGUUUCUCUGAAGUUUCCAAUGAACUGACGCCAACAGGUUGUGACACACAAAAUACACUGCAAUUGACUCAGCUUCGCAGAAAUUCACAGAAGUCUCCAACGUAAGAAUGCCGGCGUCUUUCGACGGAUUUGGUCGCAUCCUCUCCUGGUGAUCACUCUACUCACACUCAUCUAAUGUGGUCUGUUUAACCUCCUCGCAGUUUACACUCUUUGGACAUGGACGUUGUCUUGGAUUUUCUUCUGAUACUCGUCGUCCUUUCCGGUGGACAGAGUUCCAAUGACAGUAAACUAUGUGAUUCAAAGUGCCCAGCUGGGUACUUUAAAAAAACAGGCGGCGACAAUGGAACUGGAUAUUGUGGAUGUCAAGAAUGUGGAACAGGGACGUUUACAGCGAUAAAUAACACUGCUAAGACAUGUCUCCGGUGUAAAACCUGUGGAAAGUUGGAGGUAAUAAUAAGGCCCUGCAACUCAACCAGUGAUACGGUGUGUGGAUGUAAAGAGGGACUUUACUUGGAAGGCAGUAAGUCAAACGGAGGAUUCUGCAAACAGUGCAACUGUCAAUAUUGUCAAGGACCUAAUGAAAUUCGUGACUACGUGAAGAAGUGCCCGUCAUGUGAAAGGGCAUGUGCAGGAACUCCAGUUCCACCUCCCUCUACUACUACACCACCAACCUCAACUGGGAAAUUAAUGGCGAAUCCGAGCAGAUCUCCCAUAGAUAAGUCUAUGUCUAUGUGGCUGUCAGUCUUGGUUGUCAUGGGGAUAAUUGUGGUUCUCUGCGGGCUACUGCUGCUGUUGCUGCACCUCAUCCGGACAAAAAAGGAAAAACCAAACAUGGUCCUCUGCUGCAGAACCAACAUAGAACAAGGCGGUGAUCAAGGCAGCAGCUCCACCACACUGAGAUUUAACAUUUCUGAGGAUUCUCCCAUGAUGGAUCUCAGUCACUGUCCAGCCUCUCCGCAACACCCUGCACCCCCGACCCGUCCUCUGCUGCCAAACGUUGAGCAAGGAGCUGUCAGACAAGAUGAGCAGUCAGAGCACUGGCCGGCCAUCGUCCUCUACGCCAUCAUCAAGGAGGUGCCCCUGCGUAGGUGGAAGGAGUUCUUGCGUCUCCUAUUGGUCACUGAUCAGCAGCUGGAGCGUGUUGAGCUGGAAGCUGGUUUGGGCUCCAUGGAGAAGCAGUACGUGAUGCUGAGGCUGUGGAGUCAGCGCUCCUCCGCGAGCCUGAGUGACGUCGUCUCGGCCUUGCACCACAUGGAUUUAUCCGGAUGUGCCCAGCUGCUGCAGGAGAACCUGGAGAAGCUGCAGGUGGACUCCUCGACCAAAGUAUGAUUUCUCGGCCUGAAAACUACCAAAUAGCGUCAAACACAGCUUCCCUCAGCUUCUCGAGUGGCGCCUCUUUAAAGUCAGCGGUGGAGGGCUGUGGUUUUGAAGUGCGCCUCUAAAAUGUAAACAUGUGAAACUCUGAUUGUGUGUGCACGUCAGAGAUAAGCAGGGUGUGGUGAAAAUUAAGAAAAUGCAAGUUACAAUUUUACUUUAUGAAAUUGAAAUUGAUCUUUUUUUCUGGCGUGCAACCAGUCAUAGUUAGGACUCCUGUUCACUCUGAUCUUUUGUGUGAACUUGUCAGUGUGCAUUUAAGUGACGAAUGUCUGCGGAUCACUUACCCACUAAAAGACGUCACCUUCCUGACAUUAGACAUGAAAGAAACGUUGGCUACUGAUUCCUGUUGUACGCCCUCACAAGGGAAGAAGACUGAAAUCCCCGUAGAUCAUCAGAUUAUCAGUUUCCUGCGCAUAAAAGGUGACCAGGCUGGGUUUUUCCUCAGCACACAUGCUUUUGUUGUGUUAUGUCUCGUUUUGAGAUGUUUUUAUUGUUCAGUUCAGUAACUGACGGUUAAGAAGUUGGAAUUUCCAGUUUAUUACUAAAUGUUUUAAUAUGAAUCUGUUUUUUUUUGUCUUUGGGUUUA